CCCCGAUAAGGACCACUUUGUUCGGUGGUGCUCGGCCCCGGCCACCCGUGGGGUGGGCGAAGCAUGAAUCCAUCACGGCCGCCCCAAGCCUCCGGCAGCCCUCCCGCCGCCAAAUUCCUACCCUAGCCCAGGGGAGACGGUCACGAAUAUCAUGCGGGCUUAACAUCGGGUCACGUAGUCGACGACCCCACCAUACUGUUUCGUCUCUUUCAAACAUUCAAGUUGCUGUUGUCGUGCUUGACCGUCGCAACACGGCAAGAAAGACAGGCCAGGCCGGCGUUCAUGAUGCUCGACGGCUACAUCGCACGGCUCAGAUCCGUCUGCAGUGCCGACUUGCUCAAGGCUGUGGUAUUCGCCGCGGCAGCUCUAUCACUGCUGCUCGCAUAUUCAAAGACGCGGAGAUGGAAGCGCGCUUCGACGGCAACGCCACGGGCACCAGCUCACACGACGAGCGACAAGGCGGCCUUGAUCGAGCCGCUGGACCGGUUUGAGUGGCAGUCGGCGGACCGGCGGACGAUGCGCGUCUUUCGGCCCAUCUACAACAUCUCCAUGGGGAUCAAGGCCGACACCCCCUCGGAGCUCAUCACCAUGGACAAGGGCUACCUCGACCGCGUCGAGCACCGGCGACAGCUCCUGCGCGACUUCCCCAACACGGUCCUGGGCUACGUGCCGGGCAGCGGAGAGGCCCCCGUGCGGGAGCUCUACCGCUACCUCCUCGCCGCGUACCUCCCUGUGCGCUUCCCGGCCAUGUUCCGCCUCCACGACGACGGCGCCCUCUUCGAGAACCUCGUCACCGGCAGGACCUCCCCGGCCGAGCCCCCCGCCGACACCCAAGACGCGCUGCGCACGCUCGGCGAGACGGUCGAGGAGGAGCUCUUCCUGCUGCGGCCCACGCCCGAGGGCCACCGCCUCGUCGCGUACGCGUGCUGCUUCCCGUCGAGCUUCGACCCGGCGGAGAAGUUGGGCAAGCUGCUGAGGGACAUUCAUGCGACGGUGCCGGGGUACGACAAGAUUGGGCCGAGCAUGGAGCGGUACUUUGCGAAGCUCGCGGUGGGGAGGCCGGUGAAGAGGGCCAACUGGUCCGUACAGACUCAUGCAGAGCUGUUUGCCUGCCGAGCGAAUCCCCGCGUGAAAGAGCACGAGGACGCGCCCGAGCAAGAGGUCGAUAUGGACAAGACCUUUCUGCGCUCCGAGCUGCAGACGCUGACCCGUCUGCCCGAGACGCAGGCCAUCCUCUUCAGCUUCAAGACGUACCUGUACGGCGUCACCGAGGUCAAGGCCGAGGGCCGGGGCGCCGAGUUUGCCGACGCCAUCGCCGGGCUGCGCCAGGGAAACGUGCCCGACAUGUGGGACUACAAGGGGGCGCCGCGAUGGGCGGCGGCGGUGUGCAGCUACCUGCGGUCGUGAGACUAGAAAUCCAACAGUCGCCGUACUGUGAUUGAUGGGUUGUGCCUUGGCGUGAGGAGACAAAUGGUCUUUGUCCGUCUGCAAUGGUGCGUCAACGUCGGCGAGCGUCAUGACGCAUCAACACCAUGUCACCAACGCCAGGCCG